AUGGUGCUCAUUCCGAACUCCGACAUUGUCCUCUGGACUGGGCCGGUGACCAGCACGAAGGAAGUCUUCGAGAACCUGCGGCCGUACCUGGAUCCGCAGAAGACUUGCAUUGGCACGAUCUUCGCGCAAGGCCUCGUGCAUGUCUUGGCCCAGCGCACCUUCGGGCCCAGUAUUCGCUUCUUCGCCUUGCGCAACAUCCCCUGGCUCUGCCGGGUGGUGAAGGUUGGUGCGGAGUGUGAGAUUGUCGGAGCCAAGAGCAGCAUUGGGGUGAUGACAAUGAACCUCACCAAAGAGUGGGUCAAGACAGAGCUGGAACCGCUAUUCCUCGUCAAGAAGAUGGGGAAGCAUGAACCGGUCAUCGAGCUGCUUCCAGACUUCUGCCCGAUUGUUUUCAACCCAGCCAACCAGAUCAUCCAUCCCGCCCGCUACUGGGCCAUGUUCCGAAACUGGAACGGCCAGCCUCUUCCCAAGGACAUGGAGCCGCCUGAGUGGCUCUACAGGGACAUGGACGAGACUGCUGGACAGGUGUUGGAGGUGCUCGAUGAGGAGCUGCAGCACCUCAAGGAUGCCUUCCACCAGGCGGGGAACCCUGAGCUCUGCCAACAUGUCAUUCCCUUGGCCACGCGCCUGCUGGAGCAGUACGGCGACCAGAUUGCCGACAAGUCCACUAUGGCCAAGAUGGUCGGCACCAACAAGGCCUACUCUAUGGCAAGGACGCCCGUUCUACGAAGCAAGCAGGGAGUCAUGCCACAUCCCACGCACCGCGUGGUCACAGAUGACAUCGGCUGGGGCCUGUGUGUCUUGGUGUCCAUCGCCGAGCGCCUGCAGGAACUUGGCUUCCCGACUCCGACCACCAUGAUGCGGAUGCUCAUCGAGUGGCACCAGAAGCUGAUGGGCAAGGAGUACCUCUACAACGGUCAGCUGCGUGGGCGAGACUGCACGGAGUUGGUGCUGCUGGGUCCUGGGGACGACCUCGUGCUCGUGGCCAAGGGAGUCGAAGGUGGCCGCUCGGACCAUUGGAUCUCCAACGCCGAUGAGCAGGCUAUGGAGCCGCGCUACGGCAAUCCCUGA